UAGAAUGCAACAGAGUAUUUUAAGAAGAAAAAUGGACAGCAUCUUACGAAGCGAUCAACCAGUGCAAAACGAUAGAUUAUCACCAAGUGAUAUAUACAAGAAAAGAAUACAGGAAAAAAGAAGAAAAGAUGCAAAAAAAAUUGAAAACGCCAGAAGAAUGCAAAAUGUAAAAAAAGCUCAAAAUACUAAAAGAAAUUUCGAGAAGUCGUACCAAAAAAGCGUUAACGCUAGAAGAAUACGAAAUGACAGAAGGAUGUGGGUUGCUACUUCUGGCGCCACUGUCGUCUUUAGGAAGUACAUGGACAAUUCAACGAUCCCUCCAGACCCGCCAGAUUUUAAUUCCUCCGAACUCGACCAUGGAGCAGAAGAGCACCCAGAAAUGGAUGUUGGUGAUGAUGGUGGUGGCCCCGGUGGAACUGGUGGAAGUGAAGCGUUCUGGGGAAAAUUCUUUAAAAGUCUGACGAUGAUCUUCGACGGGCUUUCGGCCAUCGAGCCAGCUGGCAGCAAUGGUCAGAAAGUUAGGGCUUGUCUCCACAUUGCGACCACGUAUAUGAACGCACACAAAGAUUUGCGAAGGUAUAUGGGGACGCGAUAUUUUUACGAAAACAAUUUGCAGUACGAGGUUGGAUAUAUGACGAGUGAAAUAAUAACCAAAUAUCAAAGAAUGUUAGAAAUUUAUCACAUAGCACAAGAUAAAUGGCGCAAGCAUCAGAACAGAGAGUUUGCUUCCAGCAUUUACAUGCUAUAUCUGUAUACAAAUAUUCUUGAAAUGGGUACCGUGAUAGGACAUCUGUGUGCCAUGUUGGCUGAAAUGGAAUUGAGGUUCCGCGACCCAAGUCGUAAGAAGACAGGAUUCGAGGAUUACCAUAUGCCCCCGAAAAAAAAGACGCAAAAGCACGGGACCGAAGCUUUCGAGGCGUCUAUUGAUGAAUAUGAGAAGAGGUUGUUAGAUGGACAGAAGAAGCGGCGAAAACAACGAAAUAAGGACAGAAAGAAAAAUUUGUACGCCGGUUACAAACCCACACCUCCGGACAAAAAGCCGAGGGGGAGUUCUUGGGCACUCGACUACGGAUGGUCGAUCGAAUACAACUGGUGAAGUUACCGUGGAUAUAAUAUCGGAUAUCGUUUAUAUCAAGUGGUUAUCAAUCAAGCACAGAAGACCAAUUAUUUAUAGUUUACUAAAAAUACCAAUUAAAUAAAACAAAAAGUGAAAUAUGUGACUAGGACUGAAAAGGAUCAAGUUUGUUACUGAUUAGCAUUUAAUUAUGUUUAUUAUAAAUGGAGUUU